AACCCCAUAUCAGGGUGGGCGCCAGCCCAGCUGAGGCUCCUAGGCGGCGUUCCGGUGCAGGGCCUGAGGUGGUUGGCGGGGAAGGAGGCACUAUGUCCCUGCAGAGUGUGGUCCAGCUCUCCCUGGACAGCCCCGUCCAUGCUGUGUGUGUGCUAGGCUCCUGCCUUGUCGUGGACAUCAGCGGGUGUGCCCCCAAGAAGUGUGACUCCUUCAUGCUCACCUGCUCCCCGAAGGUGCUGGUUGUCCUGAAGAGCCAGGUGACCAGCGGGAGGGACAAAACUUCCAUCUGGCACCCGCUGUCCGAGCCCAUGAGCGCACUGGUGAUGAUGGUGCUUCCCAGCUCUGUCGUGGACGAGGACAAGGUGCUGGUCUCAUACUACUGCCCCUACGAGGAGGCCCCCUUGGCCACAGCAGUGCUGUACCUCACAGGCAUCGAGGUCUCCCUGAAGACGGAUAUCUACCGUGAUGGGCAACAGGAGAUGCCACUCAACAAGCAGAUGAAGUUCCUAUCACUGCAGGAAAAGUGGCUCUGGGGCCCAACUGGAUGGGGGGCCAUCCUGCUUGUGAACUGCAGCCCUGCUGAAGUGAACCAGGACACAAAGACUGUGUUGUCAGAAGAUAUAAAGGACCUGUCCCAGAUGACGCUGACUGUCCAAGGCCCCACCUCUGCUUUAAAGAACUAUCAGCUGGUCCUUCAUACCUCUGAGGAAGAGGCCGAGAAGGCCAGAGUCUACUUGCCGCAUGGAGACACCUCUGGCGCCUUUCAGAUUGUGCUGGGACCCGGCUGUAACUCCCAUACCUUUAACCCACUGGUGAACCUUGGGAAGGAGACCCUCUACGUGGAAGCGAUAGAGUUCCCAUCUGCCAACUUCACAGGCCUGAUCUCCUUCUCGGUCUCCCUGAUUGAAGAUUCUCCAGUCCCCUCAAUUCCAGAGACCCCGGUCUACAAGGACACAGUAGUGUUCCGGGUAGCUCCCUGCAUCUUCACCCCCAGCACUCAGAUGCCGCUAGAGGUGUACCUGUACAGAGAUGUGAAGAUCCAGGGCUUUGUGGACAUGGUGGCGGCGCUGAGUGAGAAGACUGACAGCCAGGUGGUGUCUGUCUAUGAGGACCCCAACCGCCUGGGCAGGUGGCUGCAGGACGAGAUGGCCUUCUGCUACACUGAGGCCCCCCAGAAGAUGACAUCUUUUGUCCUGGACACCCCUCGGGCCACCAAGCUUGAUGAGUUCCCCAUGAAAUAUGCACUGAGCCCUGGUGUGGGCUACGUGAUCCAACACACCAAGGACCACACGGUGGCCAGCCUGGAUACCAUUGGGAACCUGAUGGUGUCCCCACCCGUCAGGGCCCAGGGGAAAGAGUACCCGUUGGGCAGAGUCCUCUUUGGUGGCAGCUUCUACCCCAGUGCCGAGAGCCGGAUGAUGAGCAAGAGCCUUUGCGACUUCCUCCACGCACAGCAGGUCCAAGCGCCUGUGGAGCUCUUCUCAGACUGGCUGAUGACCGGCCACCUGGAUGAGUUCAUGUGCUUCAUCCCAGUGGAAGAAAAGAAAGAGAGCUCAAAGGGCUUCCGGUUGCUCCUAGCCAGCCCCAGAGCCUGCUACAAGCUGCUCCAAGAGAAGCAGGAGGAAGGCUAUGGGAACGCGACUCUGUUUGAGGGUGUCAGCCCUAGCCUGCUGCGCUCUAACGGAAGGGAGGCCAAAACCAUCAACCAGUUUCUUGCUGACAAAAGUUUGAGAAAUCAGAACGACUAUGUAGAGAGGUGCAUUCGCCUGAACCGCGCCAUCCUGAGGGAGAAGCUGGGCCUGCUGGAGGAUGACAUCAUCGACAUCCCCCAGCUCUUCUGCCUGGAGCAGCUGACCAACGUCCCCUCGGACCAGCAGCCCUGUAGAUUCUUUGCGAGGCCCUACUUCCCUGACGUGCUUCGAAUGAUUGUGAUGGGCAAGGAUCUGGGGAUCCCCAAGCCCUUUGGGCCACAAAUCAAGGGCACCUGUUGCCUAGAAGAAAAGAUCUGCCAGUUACUGGAGCCCCUGGGCCUCAAGUGCACCUUCAUUGAUGACUUUGACUGCUACCUGACCGAUGUCGGAGACUUCUGUGCCUGUACCAACAUCCGCCGGGUGCCCUUUGCCUUCAAGUGGUGGAAGAUGGUGCCUUAGCCCUGGCCUUGGAGCUGCCCUGUCCCACCCCAGCAAUGGCCCAUUAUCACCAAGUACCACCAGCAUGAUUCCUGGCCCAUUUGUGGGGGUGGCUGCAGAGUUAUGGCAAUGCUUCCCUUGCCCUAGUCACCCCAUCCCUCAGAUCCAGUAGGGUAGCAAAUGCUACCAGCUCAGACCUCCUGGGAACAGAAGGGGGACAUGGAAAACCGUCUUCAACUAUGUUUACUACAGAGCCAAUAAAGCUCUAGCUGUUCUGAGUGCA